GCGGCCAUGUCUGCCGCCUCGAGCACGGCAGCUCGCCAGGUGCCAUCGCGCAUAGCUGCGCAGCUCGCGCGGGCACGCUCGCUCAAUCCUCGCCUCAACGCCUUCACCCACCUCAACUCGCUCCAAGAUGUGACCGCCCAGAACGACCGCGCACCGCCAGCAGGCUCGCUCGAAGGCGUCUCGCUCGGCGUCAAGGACAUGUUCGCGACCUCGGACGGCGCGCCGACCUCGUGCGGCUCUCGCAUGCUCCAAGACUACGAGAGCCCGUUCGAGGGACCGUUGUGCGCCGACUACGAGCCGACGGGGCACUCGUCGUGGGCAAGACCAACAUGGACGAGUUUGGCAUGGGAUCCGCCAACGUACACUCGCAUUUCGGCCCCGUGCUCAACCCUGCAGGACCUGUCGGCAUCGACCAGUCGCUCGCCGUGUCGGCCGAGGAGCAGCGUGUCGCAGGGGGCAGUUCGGGCGGGAGCGCUGCGGCGGUCGCGGCGGGCCUGUGCGACGUAGCUCUCGCGAGCGAUACCGGCGGCUCGACUCGGCUGCCGGCAUCCUACUGCGGCAUCCUCGGCUUUAAGCCCUCGUACGGCCUCCUGUCGCGUCACGGCCUCGUCGCCUACGCGAGCAGUCUCGACACGGUCGGCAUCAUGGCGAGGGAGGUGGAGCCUUUGCGACGAGCAUUCGUUUCAGCAAGCGCAUACGACUCGAAGGACCCGACGUCGGCCCCGACGUUCGCCCGCACGAGGGCAGACGAGGUGCAUCUCGCUCUGCGAGAACGGCUUGCGGGGCGAGAAGGAGCAGGAGUGCGAGAACGACCGCUGCAGGGCGUGCGGAUAGGUGUACCAGCCGACAUCUUUCCGACCUCUCUCCUCUCUUCCUCCUCCGUCCUCGACCCGAUCCGCACCUUCCUCCGCACCCUCGUCUCCCUCGGCGCAUCCCUCUCGUCCGUCCGCCUCCCCUCGGCGCCGCUCGGCCUGUCGGCAUACUAUGUCCUCGCGUCGGCCGAGGCGAGCUCGAACCUGGCGCGGUACGACGGCGUGCAGUUCGGGCACCGGGCAGAGGAGAAGGUCGGCGAGAAGGAGCAGCUGUACGCGAGGACGAGGACCGAGGGGUUCGGCAAGGAGGUGAGGAAGCGGUUGCUCCUCGGGACGUUCGCCCUCAGCGCUGACGCGUUCGACAACUACUACCUGCAGGCGCAGCGGGUUCGGCGCCUCAUCCAGCUCGAGCUGGACGACCUCUUUCGCUCGCCCAGCCCUCUCGCCACUCCCGCUCCACCUGCGGCACAACGACAUGACGGCGUCGACUUUAUCCUGCACCCGUCGGCCAUGUCGACGGCGCCCCUCCUCGCCUCGUGCUCGCCCGCUGCGUCCGGCUCGACCUCGACCUCGCCCGCCUCGCCCGCCGACACCGAGCCGGCCUCGCGGUCCGCCUACGUCCAGGACCUUCUCUCUCUGCCGGCGUCGCUUGCCGGGCUGCCAGCGCUGUCGAUCCCGGCCGGUCGCUCGACGGACGACGGCUGGCCCGUCGGCGUGACGCUCGUUGGGCAGUGGGGCGCCGACAGCGAGGUGCUCGAGGUCGCGCAGCGUGUCGAAGCGGCUCGUGCGGUGGAGCAGCAGUAGAAGGAGGAGGCGCAGGUGCCGCAGUGGAACGAGUAGAUCUCGUCGUCGCC